UCGCCGAAUCAGUGUGAGUGCGGCAGCGAAAGUGAUUGGUGUUAAGCAAUAGUGGGCGGACAAAUAGUGCAAAAGCAGCGGAUCCAAGCAACUUGCAACAAUACAGUUUUCGAAAAAUAUAGUUUUCCAAACAUGAAGUGCGCCAUAGCAUUCUUAUUGCUGGCCGGUAUGCUGGCCAUAGGCGUCAACGCCGGCAACGAACCGGUUUGCUCAUAUCGGAAUACGCAGGGCGAAACGAUAUUCCUAAAAUAUUUGCCGCUACUGAAACAGGGUCAGGAUUAUGUGGACUUCGGUGUGGAUGGCAAGUGUGUGAAGCGCGCUGUAUGUUCGGAGAAUUUCAAAACCGAAGUGGAAGAUUGCGGCAAGUAUCGCGUCACGUGCGGUAACAAAAAGACCUUCAAUGGCGUCUUUCCCGGCUGCUGUGUCAAAUGUUAAUUGAAAAAUAAAAAAAAAAACAACAACCACAAACAACAAAAAAUAA